AUGCAGCGCCAAUUGGACCUGCUGCCCGAGUGGUUGGAUAGGUCGCUGAAGCCGCUGAUAUGCUUCAUCGGCAAGAUGUCGUACCUGGCCGGCGGCAUGGCGAUCUCGAUAAGGGGCCGCCAGGCGAGCCGAGCGGAGGCGCCCAUCCUGGUGAUAGCGCCCCACUCCUCCUUCCUCGAUAGCUGCAUCGUGUACGCGACCAGGAUGUCGUCCGUCAUCGUGAGGAAAGAGAGCAUGGACAAUUACGUUGGAAAACUGAUAAACUACACACAGCCUGUUUACGUGUGGCGUGACGACCCUAACUCCCGACAGAACACAAUCAAAGAGAUCAUCGAGAGAGCUACCUCGAAAGAAGACUGGCCUCAGGUCCUCAUAUUCCCCGAGGGCACUUGCACCAACCGCUCGUGCCUGAUCACGUUCAAGCCUGGCGGUUUCUACCCAGGCGUACCCGUCCAGCCCGUCACCAUCCGCUACCCAAACGCCAGGGAUACCGUCACCUGGACAUGGGAAGGCCCUGGGGCCUUGAAGCUGUUGUGGCUGACCCUGACGCAAGUGCAUAGCUCCUGUGAGAUAGAAUUCCUCCCGGUCUACUACCCUAGCGAGGAGGAGAAGAGAGAUCCGAAGCUCUACGCCAGGAACGUGCGAGAGGUUAUGGCGAGGGCGCUGGGGGUGCCGGUUUUGGACUACACGUAUGACGACUGCCGGUUGAUAGCGCGCGCGAAGCAGCUCCGGAUCCCGGGCGCCUCCAGCGCGAGGGAGGUGAGCGAGGCGAGGCACCAGCUCGGUUUGGACCGGUCCAUGCCGGAGUUGCAGUUGGCCGAGCGGGGCGUGGGGGGGCGCGGCAGGUGGGUGACGAGGGAAGAGUUCGCGCGCCGCUUGCAGGUGCCCGACGAUGACAAGCUGCAGCGGCUCUUCGACAUAUUCCUGCAGGGCUCCAGCGGGAUGGUCAGCUUCCCGGACUACGUGCUGUGCGCCUGUUUCCUGUGCACCCAGCACGCACCUCUCUCGGAGCUGAUCUCCUACGCCUUCAAGUUGUACGACGCCAGUGGCGCAGGCCGCCUCGAGGUUUCUGGGUUCGAGGAGGUCGCCACGAGGUGUUUGGGGCUGAAUCGCGAACAAUCUCACCAGGUCUUCAGCCUGGUGGACACUGGAGAGAGGGGAUACAUAACUUUCGACGAGUUCAUCGCAUUCGCGCAGAAGAAGUCCGAAUUCGCGUUCGUGUUCGCGAGCGAGCAAGCGCAAAAGCCGAAGGCGCAA